AUGGAGCCAGAUCUCUCGGCUAGCAUUACGAUGCAUCCGCGUCCGUUCCAACUUCACCACGAUUCUCAGUCCCACCACUCGAGAUCCUCGACUCCCAGGCUCGUGCCGCACUCCCCGUCGCCUCACCACGGCAAUGGUACCAGUACGGGCGUAGAGGCAGAGGUGGAAGAUGCAGAGCAGCCUCUCGCGCGACACCCCGCAAGCGUGGCUGCAGGUGGCCCAGAUGUGGAGAUGCAAAGCAUCCGUCGCUACUCGGACAGCGAUCCGUACAACCUCCAGUCGGCCAUCAAGACUGAUGCGCAAUUGGACGAGAUCAAGGCCAACACUUCGCGCAAGCGGACAAACGGGCCUGGAGGGUCCAAGUCGGGCCUCCGUGGCUGCAUGCCUGGCCAGGACAAGAUGAAGGCGCGCAAGGUGGAGGGGUUUUACAAGGCACAAAAUGAAAUGAUUCACAACAUGCUCAAGUCGGUGGAGGAGCACCGGGCAGAGGCGCAGCAGACACAGGGCGAUGACCAUCUCCGCCACCAAAUCGCCGUCUACGGCAGCUUCGUAGCCAACAUCAUCCUUUCUAUCCUGCAAAUGUACGGUGCCAUCUCGUCGGGGUCGCUCUCGCUCUUCACUACCAUGGCGGACUCGAUCUUCGACCCCUUGAGCAAUGCGCUGUUGAUCUUGUCGCACCGCGCCGUCAAGCGCGUGGACCCUAACCGCUUCCCCAGCGGCAAGGCCCGCCUCGAGACGGCUGGCAACAUCUUCUUCUGCUUCAUGAUGACGGCCGUGUCGCUGAUCCUCAUUGCCUUUUCAGCCCAAGAGCUCGCCCAGAAGGACCACCACGAACUUAACGCGUUCCACCUGCCUUCCAUCCUAGCCGUGGCGAUUGCCUUUCUCACCAAGCUAGCCCUCUUCUUCUACUGCUGGGGCAUCAAGGACAAGUACAGUCAGGUGGACAUUCUGUGGCAGGAUCACCGCAACGACUUGCUCAUCAAUGGCUUUGGUAUUCUGACAUCGGUGGGUGGUUCCAAACUGGCAUGGUGGAUCGAUCCCAUGGGCGCCAUCAUCUUGUCGGUGCUCAUCUCGGGCAUCUGGCUGCGAACAGCGUUCCAGGAGUUCAUGUUGCUGGUGGGUGUCGUGGCCUCGGUCGAGAUGCAGCGCCUCAUCACCUACGUCUGCGUUACGCACAGCGAGCUCGUCAGGGGUAUCGACACAGUCCGCGUCUACCACUCGGGCCCGCGCCUCAUUGCCGAAGUUGACAUUGUCAUGGACCCCGACGCCACUCUCCGCGACACUCACGAUGUGGCUGAGGAGCUUCAGUUCAAGCUCGAGAAUCUCCCUGAUAUUGAGCGCGCCUACGUCCACGUGGACUAUGAGACGACGCACAAGCCCGAACACUUUUUGAAGAAGGAUCUCUAG